UAGUGCAAAGGGUCUCAGAGACUUUUGGGGCCACUUACAAUGUGGGAAUGGGGUGUGGAACCCAAAGGCGGAAACUGGCACAAAUGAAAUAGUCUUGCUCCUAGAUAGAUCCCCUUUCAUCCAACAGGGCAAAUGUCAAAGCUGCCAGCUUAUGGAAAGAGCCAGUGUCUACUUCCCAUGCAUCCUGUUUAGAGACAGCCUCAGUGCUCAGUGUCUGGGACCCUGGCACCCCCUUGUGGUCUUUUGAGUCAGUGGCAGAGUUAAAUACUAAAUGGCAUCCAGGUUUCAGGGAAGGAGUCCAGUCAAGAGGCUCUGGGCUGGAGAGCUGAAGAUUUGGGUUUUCUGAUGGAUUGGGAGUGGGAAAUCUGAGCCUACAAACUCAGCCCUGCAGGUACAACCUGAACCACUUCACCAACAAUGAGCUGCAGCUGAACAGAGCUUCAGCUACCCCCUGCCCCAUCAGAAAGGUACCCCUAGGCAGGUCCUAGAGCCAGAACAGGAGCAGACCUUAUGGAGAGCCCCACUUCUCCAUGCUUUUUGGGGUACCAAACCUGCUCUGGGGCUCAGUUUCCCCCAUCUGACAACAGGCUGGAAAAGAUGCACUGGAAGAGCCACCUCUGUAGAUCAGAGGCUUUGUUGCACCAAAAUACACAUGUAUACAUAGGCAGAGGCAAGUAUGUAUGCAUACAUACAGCCCCAUAUAAAUGCUCAGGUACACAACUGUGCUCACACAUGCACACAGGCAGGUGCAUUCUAACAUGCAUUGCACAAGAACAUGCAUGUGCACAUUCAAGCACACAAGUGAACCCACACAAGCACAUCUGUCCAUGAAGAGAAAUGCAUAGGGGGGGUGGGAAUGUUGCUCAAUAGUAGAGCAUGUGUGAGGCCCUGGUGAGCCCCAGCACUGCAAAUACAAUAGCACACAUAUACAUACACAAUUCAAGUACAUGUAGCUGAUGUGCAUGCCGACCAAGGUCAUUGGAAGCAUGCAGAGGCCCUGCUCAGGGUCAGAUAUAGCCUUUAGUAUGGGGUAAAUGUGGUGCACACCUUUUCCACCAUGAUUCCCAGCAAGGCAUAGAACUCUGGUCUGGAGCUAACCACCUCCUUAUCCGCUACCUCAGUGUAACCCUGUGAGCCUCUACUUACUCAUCAGUAAAAUAGGGCUCAUGAAAUGGACAGCCAUCUCCUAGGACCAACAUGAGCUUAAAAAUAAGGAACAAGCAGUGCUGCGUCCAGUGCUGGGCAAGUGACAGGUGAUCCAUGCCUGCUUCUCCAUUCCCUCCUCCUGCCAUCCUCACCCCCAGGGCUCCAGGUCCUGUCCUCCCCUUUCUUAGGUCUACCCUACCAAAUAUGUCUUACUGUUGCAGGGCAGGGGAAGUACUGCUCAGGCCACCUCUUGGAGGGAUGGAGGGAGGGAGCUCAAAGAGAUGCAGAGUCAGCAGUUGAGGGAUUGGGGCCAUGCCAGCCUGAUUAGAAGGGUUGGGGAACUGAGCUGGCUUCACCUGUCCUUGCCUCUGAUUGGCCUUUGGGCACCCCUAACUCCCAAAUCCCACUAAGCAGCCCCCACCAGGGCCUGACAGGUCUCUGGAGAGUCAGUUGGUUACUAGUCUUGGAGCCAGAAGAGAGUCCCUGGAGGCCAGAGGCUGGCCUGAGCCAAGUUCUUGGGAUCCCCUCCAUCCAGAAAAGCCACCUGCUCACCUUGUCCCUUCACCUGCUGCUGGGAUCAUGGGGGCUGGGGCCAGCGCUGAAGAGAAGCACUCCAGAGAGCUGGAAAAGAAGCUGAAAGAAGAUGCCGAGAAGGAUGCUCGAACUGUGAAACUACUGCUUCUGGGUGCGGGUGAGUCCGGAAAAAGCACCAUUGUCAAGCAGAUGAAGAUUAUCCACCAAGACGGGUACUCGCUGGAAGAGUGCCUCGAGUUCAUUGCCAUCAUCUAUGGCAACACGCUGCAAUCCAUCUUGGCCAUCGUGCGGGCCAUGACCACGCUCAACAUUCAGUACGGAGACCCUGCGCGCCAGGACGAUGCCCGGAAGCUAAUGCACAUGGCAGACACUAUCGAGGAGGGCACGAUGCCGAAGGAGAUGUCGGACAUCAUUCAGCGGCUGUGGAAAGACUCGGGUAUCCAGGCUUGUUUCGAACGCGCCUCGGAGUACCAGCUCAACGAUUCGGCUGGCUACUACCUCUCGGACCUGGAGCGCUUGGUGGCUCCUGGCUAUGUGCCCACUGAGCAGGACGUGCUGCGUUCUCGUGUCAAGACCACAGGUAUCAUCGAGACGCAGUUCUCCUUCAAGGAUCUCAACUUCCGAAUGUUCGAUGUAGGCGGGCAGCGCUCGGAGCGUAAGAAGUGGAUCCACUGCUUUGAGGGAGUGACCUGCAUCAUCUUCAUCGCGGCGCUGAGCGCCUACGACAUGGUGCUGGUGGAGGACGACGAAGUGAACCGCAUGCACGAGAGCCUGCACCUGUUCAAUAGCAUCUGCAACCACCGAUACUUCGCCACCACAUCCAUUGUGCUCUUCCUCAACAAGAAAGACGUUUUCUCCGAGAAGAUAAAAAAGGCACCCCUAAACAUUUGCUUCCCGGACUACGACGGGCCUAAUACGUACGAUGAUGCGGGUAACUACAUCAAGGUGCAGUUCCUGGAGCUCAACAUGCGACGCGACGUAAAGGAGAUCUAUUCCCACAUGACGUGCGCCACUGACACACAGAACGUCAAAUUUGUCUUCGAUGCUGUUACCGACAUCAUCAUCAAGGAGAAUCUCAAAGACUGCGGCCUCUUUUGAGCCCCUGGCAACUACCAUUCUA